AUGCACUGUCAAGCCGAGCUGAGACUCACCAAUCCCGGGCAGCUGAAAGCAGCCAGGCGGCGCUACAAGACUUUCAUGAUCGAUGAAAUUCUUUCCAAGGAAACUUGUGAUUACUUCGAGAAACUUUCUCUGUACUCGGUUUGUCCAUCUCUCAUCGUCCGACCAAAGCCAUUGCAUUCAUGUUCGGGUUCAUCCUCUCUAAGAGCCUAUCCUCUUCUCUCUGUCAUCACACGCCAGCCCCCAAAUCUGCCACACCUUUCCCAGCCCUCGCCCCCUCCACGGGUACCCCACCUUCCCAUCCUUUCACCCCAGCACACCCGCUCAGCAGAGCCAACCCCCAGUGAGACGCCCGUCAGCAUCAGCAGCGAAUCAGAGACUGAGCACAGCACCCCACGUCUGAAGAAACCACGUCGCAGCCGCACCAUUUUCACCGAGCUCCAGCUGAUGGGUCUGGAGAAGAAAUUCCAAAAACAGAAAUAUCUGUCCACUCCUGAUAGGCUGGACCUGGCUCAGUCAUUGGGUCUAACCCAACUGCAGGUGAAGACUUGGUACCAAAACAGACGUAUGAAGUGGAAGAAAAUGGUGUUAAAAGGAGGACAAGAGGCACCCACCAAGCCCAAGGGAAGACCCAAGAAGAACUCCAUCCCCACCACGGAGGAGAUUGAGGCAGCGGAGAGACUGGCAGCCAAGGUGGCGGAGGAAGAGCGGCUGAGGAAUGAGGCUCAGUCUCAGAUGGAGCUCCAGGCCCAGGAAGAAACCCUCCAGUCUCAGCCCCAGGACCUGAGCUCCAACGCUGGGGUGGUCGAGUCCAACGGCUCCCUGGCCCUGGAGGCUCCAGACCGAGAGCAGGUUCAUUCACAGCCGCCAGAGACUCUCACAGCCAGCUAA